CGUCAUUUUAUUACGUCAAAAUUUAAUAUGUCAAAAAUUACACUGUCAAGUGUCACAAUCUUCGGAAGUCGAUGUUCUUCCAUCGAUGUUGUUUUUUAAUAAGAGAUGACGUAUCCGCGCCAGCCUUUGAUUCGCCAAGAUCUGCAAUGAGUAAAUCAUCGAUAUCGUGCGUGGAUGUACACGAAUUUCUCGACAAAGAAGUGGUUUUUAUUAAAAAAGGUCCCGCGGUAUGGUACGAUCCUGAAGACGAACAAAGUGGUUGUGAGGAAGAAUCUACUUGGCAUGUUAUCGCGAGUGGAUCCUCCACGAAUAAAAAUGAUAAUAGGAUAUCUUCAGGAUCGUGUUGUACGCGUAGUAGCAGUACUGAAGAUCCCAAUAAAAUCCCCGCCGUAGAAAAAGGAAAACGGUGUUUAUCGCAUAAAAAUAAAUCGUCGACGUAUUUGUUUACACCUCCACAAACAGUUUCAGCGUGUUCAAUCGCAACUAGCAGGAUUUUGGAUUGGGUGAUGACUUGCUGUUGGAAGUGUUCUCCGGGAUGCCAACAAUUGCCUGCAUUGAAUGUUUGAAUUAAUUUUAUCACUUUUUAUAUUAUUUUAUAGUCAAGAAUUAUAAUUUUUGUUAAUUUAAGUCAAUGUAGUUUGUGCUAUAAUUUAAUUGGAGAUCACUAUAUUAAUAUGUAACACACCACAAAGUGUACUUAAAUCCUCGUUUUAUAACAAUUUCAAUUCGUUUAAUUACUUCGUCAACAUCAAUUGUGUAAUAUUUUA